GACAGGGCAUUAUUUCGACCUCUCCUAAUCGUCGUAAUCAACAGCAGUAGCAUGGAAACGUUCUUCUGGCAUGGACUGCAAGACAGGGUUUCAGUUUGGCACGUCGACUUUGAACUUGGCGUCUGGCGCGAUGCCCGGACUCAGCUAUAACAAUAGCUAAGGAGGGGGGACGAAAGAAACGGCCGUCUAAAUGGAUCUGGCCCCAUCAGUAAACAAUCUUCAGUUCACCACUGCCACCACCGGAGCGGGAACAUAUCCGUGAAAUCGUUUUUACAGAGGUGAAUCUCAUAUCAUAUCAAGAAAUACGACAGAUAUUUUAUAUAAAAUAUAAGCCUUCGUGAUCUUACAUGCGGUCAGCUUCUGAGUGCUGUGAUAACGUUCGUGUAUGGUAAUAUUAUUGAUCAAGUGUUUCGGGGGGGUGUUCAGUUUUAAAAAUAAUGGAAUGGGCCUAUUGAGCUCCUGUUAACCGGCACGAAACGUUUAUAUCCUGCGUGUAAACAGUCUUACGCAGAAAUAGAAGUGUGAGUCGAGGGCAAGAAUCUUCUGAAAUCAGCCCAUAUUUCACUUGAAACAGGGGCGAGAGACAUUCUUUUCCUAUCGGCGAAACUCCAGUCUGUGAACACACAUCCGCAACGCUCGAAUUUAUACUAGUGAUUAAACGGGAGUUCUCAUAUGCAGUGAAUUGUACAGAAGAUAGAAGUGUGAACUGAACUGUUUGCUUUAAAUAUAUAUAAAAAAAUUUGGACAAUCCGAAAUAUACCCAACAUCUUUAUACUGUAUUUCAGUCAAAUUUUUAAAUAUAGGGCUCAUCUCUAACAUUCGUUCUGUUAAUUACGUGCAAAUAUUCAUAACCAAAGCUCAGAGGUUGUUAAAAUGUUCUGAUGAAUUUUAAACAAGAAGAACAUAGACUGUGUUACAAAUCGAGAAAUUUCAAUUUUCUUACAAGCUUGUUGCGACCGCUGAGGCAUACGAAAACACGACUAGCUUUAUUAACUGUUUCAUUUCACAGUGCUAAUUACCCGUAGAUGUAGCUUUUCCUUUCAUCUAAAUCACAUGCCACAAAUUUAUCUUGAUAAACAUACUGCCAAAAUACUAGACGUGCAAGAAGUGCCAGAUACUAACUACAAAUUGGUGUCACACAUAUUACUCAAACGCUAAUUAAAAAAGAAAACAAAGUUGCUGUGUAAAUUAGAUGUUAUUUUUAGUGUAAUUCCUUUGUAGAAGAAAAGAAGAUGGGUAGCAAACGGGAAAAAGAAUUAAGUAAGAAACUGGUGAUCGAAAGGCGGGUGCUCUUUGCAUGCACAGUGAUGAUUGGUCUGUCCGUCAUACUGUGGAUAGCGGCAGUUUCUACGGACUGGUGGUUCACUGUCAGCGGUGGACCAAACGGAAUCUAUGUGAAUGAAACCAAGAGGUUCUUUCUGCGUAGUCACUCCGGACUAUGGAGAAUCUGCCGUACUACCUACAACACAACCCUGGGAGGUGGCGUCGCAGUGAGGGCCGAGGAUGCACCUGUCAACGUCACUGGGCGUGUUGUUCUUUUCAAAAAAUGCAAGUUUCAUGCCAUGUUUCCAGCAGAUACCAAUAUCCGCUUGGAUCCAUCGAUAGAUAAGACUAUCUUAAACUACACCAGGUCUGAAGCAUCAUUCUCCAUCAUAAGCCUCAUGCUAAUGAUCCUGGGUUUCAUCUUCUCAGUCUACACAUUCCGCAAUCCUCGCUAUAUGUUCAAGAGACUUGCAGGAGUGAUUCAUUUCCUGACGUGUGGCUGUGUUCUGGCAGUGAUUGAAGUUCUAAUCAACUCCAUUGAAUAUGAGCGAAAGCACCUUCCAUUUACAUUUCCGCGAGGUGCCACUUAUUCCUAUGGCUUCUCCAUUGUUCUUGCAUGGCUGGUAUUCAUAAUGUUACUGGUGUCUGGUUGUGCCUUCUUGCUUUAUUCACGUAAACGCAAAGGAAACAAGGCACCAACUGAAGAGAUUGCAAUGGCAGAUGAACCAACUAUCAUUGGACGAUAAGAGUAACUUAUUCUUUGUUAUAUUUUGAUUAUAGAUCCAAGAAAUGAGGUCUUUUCUGUUGUGAUUGUAUCAAAGGAGGGAGGUAAGAAGUGGCUAAUUUCUCUUUUAAAGAUGCUGAAUUAUAUGGCAUUCACCAAAGUCUUAAACCUAUUUGAAGAAUUCAUCAGUUAUGUAAUAUGAGCACUGAUUUCACAAAAUUGCAUUCUGCUGUGUUUAAAAGUGGUUAUUAGAAAGUCUUUAACGUAAAGAAUGUUGAUAUUCUGCAUAAUAUGAUAAUACUUUGGACAGUAAAUUGCACUCCAUGGUAAUAUCACACUGAAGCAUCAUUGUGUUUUGUAUGUACUAAUUUAAUGGCUCUUCUUGUUUUUGACCCAGUUUAUGUUUGUGUAUAAAAUUGUUUAUGAUUCCUUAAGAAAUGCAGGAACAAUUUUCUAGUCAUGUUUGUUCUACAUUCAAGAUAUAUCUUGUGUUGGUCAGUGAUGUGGCCUCAUGCUGUGUAUUUUGAACAUUUAGACCAGUGUGCCUGAAUCUGAAAAUUGGUCUUUUUCUAUUAUGAUAUACAUUGUUAUAUUUAUGACAACAUAUCUGCCUUGUGUGUUGUUCAAGUAUAUUUUUUAAAACUGCA